AUGCGUCCAUUAACUGAAGAAGAGACGGAAAAAGUUUUCGCUAAACUGGCAACUUUCAUAGGAGAUAAUGUGGCGCUGUUGAUAGAACGUGCGGACGGCGAUUAUUGUUUUAGAAAUCAUAAGGAGAGGGUUUACUACUGCUCGGAAAGUCUAAUGCGUCAGGCUGGCUGUAUCGCUCGUGAGCCUCUGCUGUCUUUUGGAACAUGUCUCGGGAAAUUCACCAAAUCACAUAAAUUUCACCUCCAUAUUACUGCUCUUGACUAUCUGGCUCCUUACGCAAAGUAUCGGGUAUGGCUGAAACCAAAUGCAGAGCAGCAAUUUCUAUACGGAAAUAAUAUCCUGAAAACAGGAAUUGCAAGGAUGACGGAAGGUACUCCUACCCAUGCAGGGAUCGUUGUUUACAACAUGAACGAUAUGCCUUUGGGAUUUGGAGUAGCAGGGAAAGGCACAGCUGACUGCAAACGUGCCGAUCCCACUUCUGUAGUUGUUCUGCAUCAAUGCGACCUGGGAGAGUACAUCCGCAACGAGAGCUCGCUCACGUGA